AAUAUUCGUGAAAGUCAACUGAUGGGAAAAUUUUUUAAAUCCCAAAUUUCGAACACCUUUAAUUUACGGUAAACCAUCUAUUACGUAAUACUUUCUUUUAGGAAUUUGCAAUGUGAAGAUAAGUAAAGCAAGUAGGCCUAUGUGGUUCAAACACUCGACCUACUUUAUAUCGACAAACGACAGUCAACGUAGUCAAACAGCUAUUAUAUUUGCUCAGUGUAUAAAAAAGCGAUGAGUUUCACAAAGUCACCAACGGUUCCUUAAACAUAAACAGAAAAGGAAAUAAAAAAUCUGCUUGAAAGUAACCAAUAUCGUAGACUCUGACUGGGACUCCAGUCAGAUUUCGUGCCAGUUGAGGUUGAGAAGUCUUCGACGCCGGUCGUAGGUGAAUUUCCUAUUCGCCAGAUCAGUGAUUUUUGCCAUUUCUCGCUGCCAGACACAACAGCUAUUCGAAUAUUAAGGAGAGAUGGCCAUGGAAUUCAUUGAAACAAUGCGAAAGCUUCGCAUCACUUCAUACUGGAAAACGUUUGUUUUGGUCCUUGUACCAUUGAUCCUUUUACCGUUACCGAUAAAUGGAGGCAAGGAAGGAAGAGCAGCCUACGUAAUCAUCAUAAUGGCCAUUUACUGGAUGGUUGAAGUUUUACCAUUGGCAAUCACUAGUUUACUCCCAGUUGUUCUCUUUCCUUUACUAGGUAUAAUGGAUACUGGGAAAGUUUGCACAGCAUACAUGAAAGAAACAAACAUGAUGUUCAUAGGAGGGUUGAUGGUGGCUCUGACUAUCGAACACUGUAACUUACACAAGAGAAUCGCACUAAAAGUCAUGUUAUUGGUUGGUGCUAGCCCUCGAAGACUCAUGCUAGGUUUCAUGUUUACAACUAUGUUUUUAUCUAUGUGGAUUUCAAAUACUGCUACUACUGCCAUGAUGGUUCCGAUCGUUGAAGCUGUCGUCGAAGAACUUUUUAAGAACAAUGACGAUGAAGAAAUGGAGAGAGACGUACACAUGGUCCCGAAUGGAUCUUCGGAGGCUAGCUCAGGCGAUAAAACGAUCGAUGUGGAUCUGAAUUCAGUUACUUGUUCUACUGACGAUUCCGUGACUUAUGUUGGUAACAGUUGUCAGCAGCUGGCAGUUUCUGAAAUUCAGCGUGAUAAUUUUUCUCGUAUGAGAAACUGUUGCCUUCUCUCUGUUGCCUAUUCGGCGAAUAUUGGGGGAACGGGCACAUUGAUCGGAAGUGGAACCAACCUUGUUUUAAAGGGAGUCUAUAAAGAAUCAUCUAGUAGCGUGAAUGAUCCUGUGUACCAGCGAAAACUUCGAACAUGUUUUCUUAUGUCAAUUGCGUAUGCUUCGAAUAUUGGAGGCACUGGUUCUCUCAUAGGAUCAAGUCCACAGUUAGCACUCAAAGGACUUUUAAAUGAAUUGUACGGAUCAGCUCCAGGAUUGAACUUUGCUUCGUGGAUGGGUUUCAAUGUUCCAGGAAUGCUUAUCAACACUUUUCUUGCGUGGAUUUGGCUCCAGUAUAUAUUUCUUGGAUUCAGAAGAGAAACGACAGACGAAAACAGUAAAACGGCAGUCAUUCAAAGAUUAAUUCGGAAAAAAUACGAAGAAUUGGGACCAAUGACUUUCCAUGAAUUGGCGACACUGAUUCUAUUCAUAUUGUGCGUUCUUCUGUGGUUUUUCCGGGACCCACAGUUCAUUCAUGGGUGGUCCAAUUACUUGCCCGUUGAAGUAGAAAUAGACGAUGCGACGGCAGUUAUGGCAAUUGUCAUGUUUCUCUUCAUUAUUCCAGCGAAGCCACAGUUUUGGUCCAGUAACGUGGAUAAAGAGAAUGGGGUCCAUAAACCAAGUCCUGCUCUUUUAGAAUGGAAAUAUGUACAGGACAAUCUACCUUGGGGAAUUGUUCUCCUUUUAGGAGGUGGCUUCGCUUUAUCUGACGCGUCUAAGAUUUCUGGACUGUCCAAAUGGCUUGUGGAUCAAUUGGGCGGAUUAAGUUCCUUACCUCCGUUUGUCGUCAUGUUGAUCAUUUGCAUAAUGACAGCCACCAUUACUGAAGUAGCUUCAAACACAGCCACUGCCAACAUUCUCUUGCCGAUCCUUUCUGAAAUGGCUGUAACUGUAAAGGUCAACCCACUUUACCUGAUGUUACCGGCUACGGUCACUUGUUCUUACGCAUUUAUGCUUCCAGUUGCCACUCCUCCAAACGCAAUAGUAUUUGCUGCCGGAAGAAUGAAUACAGUCGACAUGGUCAAAGCCGGGUUUUUCAUGAAUAUAAUGUGCGUCGUUGUUAUUUGUCUGAUGAUGGUGAGUUUCGGUGGUCUAAUUUUCCAAUUUGAUGGUUCCCUCCCAGAUUGGGCAGUCCCGACACUCCCCAAUGUUACAAAUGAAACAAUGCAAUCGUUUUUUUUAAACUGCACUAUUUAGUGAAUUCACUCACGAUUUCGUGAUAGGAGAGGAGAUAAAAUUGGAUGAAUAAACAACAGUGAAUACUAA